AUUGUAGGUACCCCUCUAGCCGACAUUGAGCAGGCUGUAAACGUGAAACGCUGUAAAGGUAAUCGAUGAGAUCUCAAUUCUUGAAUUUUAAUCGGUUUCGUUUGUAAAGUUACGCUACAGCGGUACUUGGUUCCGUCGCUGCUCGAAAACAAUUUAGUUUGUGGCAAGAUAGUUUGAAAUCGCGCUGUUUUAAGAUGGAGAAGCGUGUAGAAUUGGAAAAAAGGGGAAAGAAUUGUGCCGACAUUAAAGAACUGAACUUGGACAACUGUCGGAGUACAAAUAUUGUUGGUUUAACCGAUGAAUUUACAAAUCUUGAGACUCUCUCUUUAAUAAAUGUCGGUCUUACAUCACUGAAAGGCUUCCCAAAGCUUCCAAAUUUGAAGAAAUUGGAAUUGAGUGAUAACCGAAUAUCGGGAGGUCUUGAUGUUUUGGAAACCAGCCCAAAACUGACUUACCUGAAUUUGAGCGGCAAUAAAAUCAAAGAUCUAGACACGUUGAAGCCCCUGAAAAACUUCAAAGACUUGAAACAUUUGGAUCUGUUUAACAAUGAGGCUACUGCGAUUGAAAACUACAGAGAAAAAAUAUUCAAAAUGAUUCCAAAUUUGAAAUAUUUGGAUGGAUUUGAUCCAGAAGAUCAAGAGGCAGAUGACAGCGAUGCCGAAGAAGAACUGAACGGAAACGACGGGUUCGAAGACGAUUCAGAAUUAGAAGGCAGCUCCGAUGAGGAUGGAGACCUUGACGAUAGUGUAGAAUUGGGUGCAGUGUAUGCAGAGAAUUUAGAUGACCUGACAGAUGAGAACGACUAUGAUGCUGCAGAGGAGGAGGAAGAGGAUUCUGAGGGAGAGUGCAUUGAGGAGGAGGAGGAGGAGGAAAGCGUCGACGGUGACGUACAAUCACCCAAUGUAUCGCGGGGCAAAAAGAGAAAACUGGAGGAAGGCGAAGAGAACUAAAGGAAGGGGAACGUUAGUGUACGGACCGAGAGUGAUAACAUAGACAGUUUUAAUUGACCAAAAAAUAAUAACUAAUAUACUGCGGUUUUCCAUCGGCGGCAAGAAAGUACGCCUAGUCGCGUCUUUCCUGGCUGUGUGGUUUGUUUUUACUUUACAAAAUUAAAAUUAAUUGUAAGAUAUUCCAUCCGAUACGCUAUUGCAUAUACAGAAGCAGACGGGGCUCUGAUUUUUUUUAUAAUGUUUUAUUUUUUCUGACAAAUUAAUUCGUCGAUUAUCACAAAGCUAUUUUUUUAUUAAAGAAUAAUAAUAUAUCUAGUAUUGUAUUACUUCUUUUUUAUUAAAUUUCAUUAAAAUUAA